AAACCGUUAUUUGCGUUCCUUCUGGGCGCCCGGGGAGCAUGCGCAGUGAUUCAACAUCACGCAGUGGUGAAAUCGUACCAGACCGUUAAAACAUCGUAACACAAGGCAUGGCUGAACAAAGAAGCAAGGAAUACACGCCUCCUGUGUUCAGCUUCACGGACGAAACAACCCCGAGUACAAGACGUGACGAUACCCAGGACGUUUCAUCUACUCGGCGUGCCUACACAACGUGAGCUUCACCACUUGUAAAACUUUCAUUGACUGCUGUCACUCGCAGUCGCGACGCAGAAUGAAGGCACUAACCGACUGCGCAUGCGCGAACAUUCAACAACAUCCUGUCUCAGAAAGACGCUAGUACACCGGAGCGUCCGCAUCAGCCAUGACUGAAGAACGAAACGGUGGACACGCGCCUCCCGCGUUUACCUUCAUAGACGAAGCAACCCCGGGUACAAGCCGUGAAGGCGGUGAGGGUGCUUCAGGCACUUUGGACGAUUACACUAAAUGCCUUCUGCUCUACCUGGAUGCACAGAGUCAAAUGCCAAUACGCAUGCCUGAUCCUACGAUUUGUGACGGAUAUAUCAAUGACGCGUGGAAGUCGUUGAACAGCCGGAAUGAUGCCAGUGACGUCAAUGAUGCCACUGACAGCGGAAGCACCAACUACACGCCUGUCGUGUCCACCGCCAGUGUCGAUGACGCAAGGCCCAGUACGAGCCACGCUGGCAUGGACAACCUAUCGUGCACUGCGAAAGACACCGCCAGGAAUGCUACUGGAACCAGAGAAAGGGAACAGCAAGAGUCCUGCGCUGCCUCUGGCAAGGAUUCCAGCAGACCGGAUGCAUUACCCGGCCAUGCCAACGGACCCACGGGCGAUAAAGUCCCAAUUUGCACAAAUUGCAAUCAAUGGUCUGAGAAGAAGUCGAAGGGGAAAUGCGAAACAUGUGGCAAACUGAUAAGACAGGCUCGCAAUCUAGCUGCAAAUAACCGCACACAUACAGGCGAGAGACGCUACAACUGCAAAUCAUGCGAUAAAUCGUUCGCGCAUAGGCAGACUCUCUAUAAUCAUAAACAGAUUCACACAGGAGUGAAACCCCACAUCUGCGAAAAAUGCACUAAACCAUUCAAAAGCAAAAGGGAACUUACCGUUCAUCUCAGGUCGCACAGUAGCGACAAGCCUUUCGUUUGUGAAAUCUGUAAUCGCUCCUUUACGCGCAACGGAAGUCUCAAAGGUCACCGUCAAAGAAUUCACGAGGGUAAAAUGCCGUAUCAGUGCAAGCAGUGCGGAUUUCGCUUCGCAAAGAAACAAGGCCUCGACGCACAUUUGUGCCAGAAUAUUGCGUGCUGAUUACGUGGAGAUGCAUUUGAACUGACUGCACACCUCGAGACACAUAUGGGUGGUCAGUCGUAAGGGUGGUUCUAGUGCGCAGGUGAGGAAUAUCGGAGGAAAAUCGGCAGCGGCUUUUGCAUCGCAAAGUAGGACUGAAGCCACGCGAGAAAACAAAGCUGACAUUCUCCCAUAGGAGUGAGAACCUAAACGCGUAGUGGGAAGAUCCCAUAUUCUUUCAAUGUUUAAAAUGGCUGAGUAAUAUGCACGAUGUAAACGAUGCCAUCUGGUAUUUUAGAAAUUACGAGACAAGACUUCGUCGCCAGAAGUAUUUGGGGUGCUUCAAUAUCCAAAGAAUGGUGCGGGUACUGGCCAGCUCUCGUUGUUGGCAUAACUGCACGCGUUUCUUGAGAACGUAGCUGUAGCAAGCUCAUUUUAGGACAAACCCUAAUGGGCUGCAAGUUCGCGUUUAGUGUAACUAGAGGGUAGAAAUGUCCGCUCAAAAUUCUUGACUCAUGUUGUGAGAAAUUAUUUUCGCGAGCGUUCCGACAGUGGUUUAUUAAAUAAGCACUAAUGGACCCCCUACUUCACGAUUUUGGAG